GAUCAGCUUCGAUUUUCUCAUUAGCAUCACCAGCCCUCAGUCGACACUUGUACAUCAUUCGAACAUGGUCUUUCCAUUUCCUGUGUAUCCAAACGAUUAACGAACCGAUGGAAAACUCUUGACAAAAUAUAACGUUCUUGUUGAAUUCAGGCAAGGCAUUUUACUCUUUUUGUUAAGGACAAGAUUCAUUUGAAAAUGUGGAAAAUAUUGAGUUACGUUUAUUUGACAACGUUCUAUUUCUGGAUGAAACCGCCAUUUUCGUUGGCUAACAAGAAUGAAGAAAAUUGUGAUUUACGUCAAACAAAUUCAAACACGAGCGCUGAAUGCAAUUUCAAGGAACACGAUCACCGUUUGGUUUGUUUUCACGGUCUCGAGGAUAAAUGGAAGACCGGAGGUGAGAAGGUGCGAACGUUGGUGAUUUGCUAUUGGCCCAUGACGACCUUCGAUCCCCAGGACGUUCUUCAAGGAUUUUCCACUUUGAAGAAGUUAACGAUCAAAAACGGAAACUUGACUAAAUUGACGUCGCCUUUUUCAAACGAAUCCCGAUCGAUCGAGAAAUUGGAAGUGACUGGAACUAAAUUGAAGGAACUUCCAGAAAAUGUGUUUAUCAAUCUCUCGAAUUUGAAGACCCUGGAUUUUCGAAACAAUAGCCUCUCGGAGAUCGAUGUUGAAACUUUCAAUAUCCCCUCGUUACAUCACGUUUAUCUUUUUGGUAAUCCUUUGAAAUGUACGGAAAAUACGAAGUGGAUUCUAAACGGAGAAAAGGAUUCGUUAGGCCACAAAAUUGCCGAUAAAGAACAUUUACGUUGUACAGUUCCGUACGAUGGCAGAGCAUUGAUUCCAGUUGUAGAAAUAAUUAACGCGUUGAAAGAUGAAUGUACAAAGACUGUCUGCGAGUGUGAAUUGGUAUACGUGCUUGGUAACGGAGGAAAGCACAUUCAGAAGCAACUGAUGGCUUUCGCUUCGGUGAAUUGCAGUCAUCGUGGAUUAACUGAGAUGCCAAGUUUCUUACCUGCGAAUACUACCACUCUUUACUUAACUGGAAAUAAGAUACAGGAUUUAAAACCACUUACGACGAAUCCUGUGUAUAGAAGUGUAGAAGACCUGUAUUUGGACGAUAAUAUAAUCGAAUCGAUCGUUCAAUUAGAGGGAUCCAGUUGGGUGGAUCGUUUUCGAUUGCUCAGUCUUCGUGGAAAUAAAUUAACAGAUUUGCCUACGUAUGCUUUGCAAAAUGCAUUGCAGCACAAUGGAAAUGCAGUAAGUUUAUAUCUUGGAAAAAAUCCAUGGAGAUGCGACUGCCUUUUUACACCAGGAUUUCAGGAACUUCUCAUUGGGUAUACGAGUCUAAUAAAAGAUAUUAACGAUGUACGAUGCUCGGCUACGAGUGGAGAUGAUAUUUCUGAUAGAAUUGUAAGGGAUUUGAGACGUACUGAAAUUUGCGUUUCUUCGGAUGAAAAUACUGUAAUUCAUCCCUUGGAUAUUCUAAACAUUAUUCUAGCAAUUCUAAUAUUUUUAAUAAUUGGAAAAUUGCUAUACGACUACUGGUCUUUCAAGAAAACUGGCAAGCUGCCUUGGAUCGUUGCUAAGAUACCAUGAACGAAUAGGAAAAUAAAGACUUCUAAGAGAGUUCCUAAGAUAUUGGAGAAUUAAGGAAGCUUACUUUCAAUCCUGCCUUCUGACCUUCACAAUACUGAUGAUAUAAUUCGUCAGCAGCUGCUUUCUUUGCCACGCAUUCUCUCACACCGCGACCUGUAUUUAUUAAAAAAAAAAAAAAAAAAGAAGAGAAGGAUAAAUAAGAUGCAGAAAAAGAUGUAAAAUAAGCUGAAGAGAAUAGUUAUUUGAAUUUUUAAAUUAAACCUUCGGUGAUGUAGCCUAAUGCAGAACAAGUAGCGACGUAAGUCAAACCCUGAUAAGUUUUUAUUUUUUCCACAGAAUACUUCGGAACUGGAAUUUCUUUUUCAAGACAAAGCUGGUAUAACUUUCUUUGAGCUGUUUCUCUUAGACCGUCCAUGCCUAGGCUAAUUAUUUCUAUCAGUCUAUCAGAUAAAAUUUCAAUCAUUAUUCAAGUGAUAAAUGAAAUACUUAUGAAUUAGAUUUUUACGUUACGUACUCUUCCUCGGCAAGAUCGGCGAGUGUAGUGAGUUUUUCAUCUUUCAUUUGUUGAUUUGCAAUCAUUUGCAAAAUUUUCGAGGCCAAGUCGUUUUUGGUUGACUCUUCGGUUAAACCUCUACAUGUCGCUGUUAAUUAGCAUAAAAUGCUUUAAGUAGACACGAAGCGAAAAUUUACGAAUCGAUCUUUUGUAUUUUUUAACAUUAAUUGUAUUGUCAAAUUUUAUAUCAAAUUAUAUUUUAUGUAUUAUCAAAA